AUGUCUGACAUUGAUGCCUUGUCACUUUCUGGAGCCGAUCUUUUUGAUUAUGUACGUGAGAAAACAAAUGAUAUUAUUGUUGAUAUUCUACAAGUACAAGAAAUCUGUUCAACUCGUGCAUUAUUAUGUUGCGAUGAUCCAUUGUCAAUAUUAGAAUAUGAUUGUGAUAAACUAGCUGAUAUUAAAAGACGUGCUGUAUUUUUUUUGAAAUUGGGUGGUCAUGCUGUUAAAAAUGGUGUUAAGGGCAGUAUGAGAUACUUAAUUGAUAAGUUAAAGGAAAUUGAAAAGAAACAUACGAAAGAAUCAAAAAUCCAGCAGAAAAGCACAACCGAUCAAACAAUAACCGUGACACCAGUAUCUUCUUCCGGCAAUUCUCUCUCUUCUAAUGCGGUACCUUCAUCCUCAAUAGUCGUUCAACCAUCAAUUGUUCACACUCAGUCAUCUAUUUCGAUCACAUCAACGUUAACUUGUGAGCAACGUAAAGAUAAUGUAGAAGAUAUGAUACAAUCAUGGUAUAAGAAAAACUUAGAUGAGAUUGAAUUAAUCCAUGAUUUAGAUUAUAAAAUAAUCGUGAAACAAAAUACACAUAAUUCAAACAUCUUAUGUCAUAUUAAAUGUGAUUGCGGAACCAAAUUUGCUUUACCAUUACGUGCAGAUACGAAAUCAUUUCAAUUGUCAUCGUAUUACAAACAUAUUCGAGGAACAAAGUGUUCAAUGAUGUGUAAAAAAGAAAAAGAGAAGAAUGAUCGACGUAAAUGUCAACAGCAACAAUCUUCAUCUGCAUCAUUACCACCAUCAGUACUACCAACAAGUUUAAAAAGGAAAAAUGAUAGUUCUUCUCAAAAAAAACCAAAAAAUAGAAGGACUUCCUAA